AUGUACUCUUUUGAAAAACUGACAGGCGCGGUGCUAUAUUCAUCACAGCAUCACGGGAGUGAGUGCAUAAUUUUUUUCCUCUUUGCCGGCUUCUUAACGUGCACCUGCUCUCGCCCCAAUCUUGACAGAAUAAACAAUUUGCAGAAAGGGAAAAAAAAGAAGAAAAGCAAGAAAAAACGGAUUAAAAAGAUAAAGAUGUCUGACAGCGAUGACGAACCUAUCACCCUUUCAGCGCACGCCUUGGCUGCAUUGAAGUCUUUCGAAGCUGAAAAGGAUGAGCAUCAGGCCAAGUUCCAGAGACUAAAGGACGAGGCGGAGAGCAAUGCGCUUUUGUCCAUUGAUGCCUUUUCAGAAGAUUGGAAUGAAUCUCAGUUUUGGUAUUCAGAAGAUACUGCCAAUAAGUUGGCAACAGAGCUUCUUAGAGAUGCCACAAAAGACAUGACAAUCGGCGUCGUCUCAGCCCCGAGUGUUUUCGUCGCACUCAAGAACAUCCUGCGAAAUCGAAGUGAUGAUGAAAAGCCAAAAUUGAUCCUCCUGGAACACGACAACCGGUUUGGUGUCUUUUCAGAAUUUUACUUCUAUGACUUCGCGCAGCCAGUCAAAUUGCCAGGUCAUCUAAAAGGAUCCGUUGACAGAAUCAUAUGUGAUCCACCCUUCCUAAGCGAAGAUUGCCAGACCAAAGCCGCCUUGACUGUACGCUGGCUACUCAAGCCAAACACCGCCGGGACGCUGCCUCGGCUCCUCGUCUGUACCGGAGAGCGAAUGGAGGACCUGAUUCUCAAGCUCUACAAGGCACUGGGCAUAAAGACGACUGCUUUUGAACCCAUGCAUACAAGGGGUCUCAGCAACGAAUUCUACUGCUACGCCAAUUUUGAGUGCCCAAGCUGGAACUGGCGAUAA